AUGGCUCAUGGUGAGGUCAGGCCCCUGGACACGCUCGAUGAACUGCUCGCGUUCACAGAGCCACAACCGUGCAUCGUGGAAGCUAUGCGGGAAGUAAAGCGAGGUGAUGGGCAGGGCCCGAGGAUCAUGUUUUGCCACGACAUGAUGGGUGGCUACCUCGAAGACCGGUUCAUCCACGGAUGCGACAAGCCACAUGCCUACCGUUUCCACCACUGGCAGCUGAUCGAUAGCUUCGUCUAUUACGCCCAUCACCUUGUUACGAUUCCCCCUCCUGGAUGGAUCUCCGCUGGCCACAAACAUGGCGUCAAGGUCUUGGUGCCCUUGAGGGUCUCUGCGAAGCUCACCUUGGUAGAUUUCCUGCCUGAUCCUGAUGCGGAUUGGGAUCUUGAGCAUUGUUGCCUGGACCGAGCUGGAGUUCUGGAGCGGGAUCGCCUUUCUUUGUCCUGGUUGCGGGAAUAA